AUGGAAAUCUUUGGCCGCCUCUGGUUCUUCCUCUGGCUGCUCGCUGUACCCAUUUCCACCGCCGAAGGGACUCAAACUACUUCGGCAGCGGAUUCCAUCGCCACACGCACCAGUCUUCUCAAGAUUUGGAAGGUGGACAAAAGUUGCAAUGAAGAGCUGGAGUACAUGGAGAAUUCCAUGAGUGUUGCCCUCGAUAUCGUGACCGCCGCUCACUCUGCUCUCAAAUUCAUGAGAGAAAAAGCACCAGAUAGAAAUAAAGAUGAGAGUCGGUACCAGCGAUGGGCGACCAUCUACAAAUCUGUUCAAGUCUUUCUUGGCUUCUUGACUAAUACGCAACCCAACUAUCUCAAUGAGCUUAUAGAUCUGUUUGAUAAGAUGGAAAGAAUCAUUCCUAGCCAGGAAAACCCCGAGAGGAUAUGUCAAGAGGCUAGGCAAGCUGCCAGAUGCCAAGCCCAUGAUAAUGUGUCGAGAUGA